AUGGCUGCUUACACUUUUCUUCUUCUCCUACUCUCAAUAUCCACCACCAUCAUCAUCAUCAUCAUCAUCAUCCCAUCUCUCGCCGAUAACAUAAGCAUCGACUGUGGAACAUCAGGCUCCUAUGUAGACGACAACGGCGUAAAAUGGGUCGGGGACAAAGGCUUCAUCUCGACCGGCGACUCUUUCAAGGUUUCCGCCACCGUCUCGAAAAGUACACUCAGCACUCCGACCGGAGAAAGCAACUGUUACUCCGACAUUCUGGUCAAAAAAGGCGCGAAAAUCCUCAUGAGAACGACGUUCUUCUACGGCAACUACGACGGCCUAUUCUUGUCGCCGACAUUCGACGUUGUUUACGGCGGAAAACACCGAGUCACCAUCGUAAUAUCUUUGUUUCUCGAGAAUUACUACUUCUCGGAGGUUAUAUUUGUUCCGGAAAACACCGAGACAUCGAGCGUUUGUCUUGUUCGCACGUCUCCCAUUCUAAAUCCUUUUAUAUCGUCUAUCGAAGUUAUAGGCCUGGAUGACGACAUGCACGGCGAUCUUGGUCCGAACAAGGGAUUGAUCCUCAAACGAAGAUUUGCGUACGGUGCCAAUGUUCUUGUAAGGUAUGCAUACUAG